UGGGCUACAUUAGUGUUGUGUUGUGGAAACAAGUCCCCUUGUGAGCUCGCAAAGACUGCGGCAAUGUCAUCAAUGGCAUCUUGUUGUUGUUGUGCUGGUGGUGAUGGUGCCUGGCCUUUUCUCUUGGAGGAGGAUCUGGGUGGUGGUGAUGAUUGUAGAAAUCGGCUGCUACUGUUGUUCACCUUGGCAGCAGAGGGAUCCGGUUUUCCAGGUUUGCGUGCCCCGGCUGGAUCUUUGGCUUUUCGUUUGGAUGUGUCUGGUAGUGACUUUUGUUGUUGUUGUUGUGGUACAGGAGGCGAUUUCGUUUGUCUGGUCCGAGUGGCCUUGGCAGUUGCUGCUGCUGGAGCCAUAGGAGGCUUUGAGUAUAGUCGUCGUUGUUGUUGAUGUCUGCCUUCUGAUUCGGAAGACGACGAAGAAAUCACCGAGACGGAUUCGUCCUUCUUUUCUUCAUGGUUGUUGUGGUUGCGUGAGGAUCCAUAGAGGGCGUACUGUCGGAUGGCUUGCUGGGUGAUGAUGAGUCUUCCGGUAAACCCCGAGAGGCCAAGCUCUAGCACCUUUGGACCUGACGUAAAGGGAGGUGCCUCAUUCUCGGGCACCAAGCUCAAUUCUAGCCCUUCUUCAAAGGCAUACUGAUAGACCAUGUUGACGGAUGGCGGUUCUGCUGCUAAUAAUGGCAGGGGGUCAUGGUCUCGGUCGUCGUCGUCGUCGUCGGAUGGAUAGAAACUAACAGCAGCAGUAGCGGGCCAACUAGCAGAUGUACACAACAACGCUGCUUGGCUAUUGCUGCUCGUCGAGGACCUCCUUCGUCUCCUCCGACGUUGCUGCUGCUUUUGCCGUUGCAUCUUAGUUAGGCCAAGCAGAGCAGCUCCUCUCGCAACAAGACUCUGAGUAGAGAUUUUUUGUGUGAAAUUCUAAAAAAGACCAAAAUUUGGGCCGCAUCUCAUUUUUCCAACAACAGUGUCAUGUCAAAGGGGACCCAGAAGCAAAAUCGGAACUUGCUGCAAGUCCCGUUACGGGUGCCAAAGCAAACGCAACAAAAGCAAGCAAAGAUCCCCAGUGACAGAACAGGCUGCAGGCAUCCAUUCCCCGUCAUCCUACCUGAUAUAUAAGAAUAGUACAAUCCAUCCAUCCAUCCAUCCAUCCAUCUAUCCCAACCAAAAGAAAGGAGACAACUAUUCGUAACACCAUUACCAUGAAGAACCCCAAGACUCUCCUGUCGACUCUGAUUCUUGCCGCCACCUUGGCGGGUACAACAACGGUCAGUGCACAGUCAUCCGAACGGCUGGAUGGAGGACGAGACGCGGAUCCAGAACAGUACCCGUUCUAUGUCUCGCUGGAGCUAGGCUGUGCCGGCACUCUGGUGGCCCCGGAUGUCGUCUUGACGUCCUCCCAUUGCCUAGCCGAUGGCGCCGGUAUCAACAUGAAUGUCACGGUCAAGACGGAAAACUUUCCCGAAUUCAACGAAUCUCGCAGUAUUGUCGGUAUUUCCCGUCACCCCAAGUAUCUCGAAAACAGUCUGGGAUAUGAUUUGGCGGUGUUAUUGUUGAAUGCCCCCGUGGACGGGGCCAUUCCCGUGGAAAUCAACAUGAAUGCGUCCCUGCCCAUGGCGGGAGACAACUUGACCGUCAUUGGAUUUCCCUCCUACACAAUCACCACCAUUGGGGUCAACAAUACCGUCACGGAAAUCCAGUACGAAGUCUUGCAAGAAGGAACCAUUGCUGCAUUGCCCGAUAGUGCCUGUGCCGAUGCCUACGGGGAUGUCUGGCAAGGGAAUUCCACCAUGCUGUGUGCUGGAAAUGAAGAGGGAGGAAGUGUGUUCAACUGUGCCGAUGACCGAGGGAGUCCUCUCUUGGAUGACGAAAACCGCAUGGUCGGUAUUGUCUCGUUGGGAAGUACCUGUGGCAAAAAGGAUUUGCCCGGUAUAUACAUGCGGGCAUCGGCAUUCAACGAUUGGAUUGAAUACCAAAUCUGCACUCUGUCGGCGGAUCCACCCGCCUUUUGCGAAGCGCUCUUGGAGUAUUACUUCCCCUACACGGUCAAUUCCAACAAUUCCAUUCUCGUCACGUUGCCUCCACCCAAUAAUACCAACACUCCCGCACCGACCGACGCACCCACGGAACCGGCUCCGAAAGAGACGGUUGCCUUGCGACUGGAGAUUCAUUACGAUGCCUAUGGCAUUGAGAAUUCCUGGAUGCUGCGAAACAGCGAUGAGGACGAGAUUAUUGAUGAAAAGAAAUACUACACCGUCGCACCCGCCGGUUUGUCAUCGACCCUCUACGAGAAUCUCCUUCCCGGGAACUACUCGUUCAUCAUUCAAGAUUAUGCAAACGACGGCAUCUGCUGUGACUUUGGGGAAGGCUUUGUACGACUCUCACAGGUCUACAAUGGCAACGUCAAAACAGAUGACCGAGAAAUCUGGUAUGUGCAGGGGAACUUUGAGGCUCAAGCAUCGGUCGAGUUCCCACUGGUUCCCUAUGAUGUGGGUAGUAAUGCCACAACCGGAACGGCCGUUAACAAGAACGAGUCUCCCAAUAACUAACUCACUACCGUACUGACUGAAGGAUGCCUUCUCUUAGAGGGAAAGGAGAAGGAAAGCAAUGGCUCCAGUAUAACGAAUGUCAUGCAUGUCAUGUAUGCAUACUUGUAGCUUGUAGAGAAACACACAAAUGAUAUAUAGACCACCUCGAUCAUGUGCAUGUAUGUAACGAAAAGAACCGAAUCCUUCACACACAGCUUCCCUUAGUGCUCUAGCUAGCUAGCUAGUUGUCACCGCCUCUCUCUUCGCCUGAAUAGUAGCUAGAAACCACCUUGCAUACGCUAACAUCCACUCCGCAAACGUCCACUCAAACCAACCAACCAACCAAGGUGCAUACUUCGUAACCCGCCCACCGUCACCGACUGCCAAGAGUCUUAGAAGAAGGAAGGAUGCGAGACGUCAGAAAGAUGAAGGAUCCUAGGUUUUCAGAUGUUAAAAUGCAAGU